GUUCCCCAGCGAUCAGCUUACCUGUCACCUUCAUACUACGAUGUCAGCCCCGACAGACUUUGCUAUUCCCGUACCGUCUGAAGAUCCCCAGAAGAAGAAGAAGGAUGAGAAAGAUGGUGAAAAGGACAAGCAGGAAGGAUCGUCGAAACUGAAGGACGGGAAGGAGGAGGAAGGUGAAGAGCUAUCAGAAGAAGACAUUCAGCUGCGGACUGAGCUGGAAAUGCUUGUUGAACGGUUGAAGGAAUCGAACACCGAACUCUAUCGACCAGCCUUGGAGACGCUCAGGACACUCAUCAGGACUUCUACUUCAUCGAUGACAUCUGUCCCGAAACCUCUCAAAUUCCUUCGCCCACAUUAUCCUGAACUCCAAAAACUUUAUGAUACAUGGCCUGCAUCCGAGGACAAGAGCUUGUUCGCAGACAUUAUGUCUGUUCUUGCUAUGACAUAUUCGGACACGCAACCUCGAGGCACCCUCCGCUACCGUCUUCUUUCAGCUUCUCUACGUCCAGCUGAUUCUCCCCUCGUCGACCCAGGCACAUGGGGCCAUGAAUAUGUUCGCCACCUUGCGGCCGAGUUGGGUGAAGAGUUUGUAGCACAAGAGCAGGGAGACCUUGAGCCGCCAGAGAAAGGUAAGGAGAAGAUAGAGCCCAUUGGCACUAUUGAACAGCUACGUGCUAUUGGAAGAGAGUGUGCUACUUUUCUCCUUGCCCACAACGCUGAGCCCGAUGCUGUCGAUCUUUUGGAGGAGCUGGAAAUCGUGGACCAGAUUGCUGAUCUGGUGGACGACAAUACCUAUGGACGGGUGUGCCAAUACAUGGUUCGGUGUGUGAACCUCCUCCCUCCACCUGAUGACACUUCUUUCCUGCAAACGGCGCAUACUAUAUAUGUGCAACAACACAAGUUCCCUGAAGCUCUUGCUUUGGCAAUUCGAUUGGGUGACCCCAUCCUUGUGAGAGAAGACUUUAAUGCUCCAGGAAAUCCUCUAAUGAAACGACAACUGGCAUUCCUCCUUGCGCGGGCCCAGGUUCCUCUGGACUGGCUUAAACCAUCCAGUGAAGAGGGCGAGGGUGAUGAUGUCGACUUGGACGAACUACCUGAAGAUCUUAUAGAGUGUCUAAGCAACACCCGUUUGAGCUCCCAUUUCCGGGACUUUGGUAAAGAACUCGGCGUUUUAGAUCCAAAAAGUCUCGAGGACGUCUACAAGACGCAUCUUGAACACACGCGACCUGGGGCCCAACCUAAUGUGGAUUCUGCUCGUGCCAACUUGGCCGGAACGUUUGUUAACGCAUUCGUUAAUGCCGGUUUUGGAAACGACAAGCUCAUGGUAGAGGCCGAAGAAGGCAACAGCUGGAUUUACAAGAAUAAAGACCACGGCAUGAUGAGCGCUGCUGCUUCCCUUGGUCUGAGUUUGCUAUGGGACACAGACAUGGGCCUUACUCAUAUUGACAAGUACACGUAUUCAUCGGAGGAGUACAUAAAGGCUGGCGCACUUUUCGCCACUGGUCUUCUGAACUGCGGUAUUCGAACAGAAGCAGAUGCUGCCAUGGCUCUUCUCGGAGAGUACGUGGAAAACAAGUCUCUAUCCCUCAAAACCAGCGCCAUAAUGGGUCUCGGAAUGGCCUACGUGGGGUCACACCGAGAAGAUAUCCUGGACUCGUUGCAAUCUCAUAUAUCGGACGACACUGCAACUAUGGAACUUGCCAGUCUUACUGCAUUAUCUCUGGGAUUUAUCUUUGUCGGCAGCGGGAAUGGCGACUUGACCGGGACCAUCCUGCAGACGUUGAUGGAGAGAGCCGAAAGGGAAGACAAAGGAUUAGAUGAGAAAUGGGGCAAAUUCUUCGCACUAGGUCUAGGUUUACUGUAUCUUGGCUUGCAAGAUCAAUCCGAUGCAACAAUAGAAACGCUUAAGGCUAUUGAUCACCCGUUGUCCAAAACCGCACAGAUCAUUGUCGAGGCCUGUGCCUUCGCUGGAACUGGAAACGUGCUCAAGGUGCAGGGGAUGCUUCAUCAAUGCGACGACCACAUUGUACCUGUCAAGGAAGAGAAGAAGGAGGACGAUAACAAGGAAAACAAGGAAGAGACAAAGGAAGAAACGAAGCUUGAUGAUACCUUCCAGGCCUUCGCUGUUAUCGGUGUUGCCCUCAUCUCGAUGGGUGAAGAUAUUGGUGCUGAAAUGUCACUAAGACAGUUCAACCAUCUGAUGCAUUACGGCGAACCAACAAUACGAAAAGCCGUCCCUCUCGCUAUCGGUCUUGUCAGCGCAUCAAAUCCUCAGCUCCCCAUCCUCGAUACCCUUUCAAAGUACAGUCACGACAAUGACCUUCAGGUUGCGCUUAACGCUAUCUUCGCGAUGGGUCUUGUCGGCGCCGGCACAAACAACGCUCGUCUAGCCCAGAUGUUGCGUCAGCUGGCUGGAUAUUACCAUAAAGAGCCCGACUGUCUCUUCAUGGUGCGGAUAGCGCAGGGUCUUGUCCAUAUGGGCAAGGGGACCAUUGGCAUCAACCCCUUCUUCUCAGAUCGGAGUAUUAUGAGUCGACCUGCUGUUGCUGGGUUGUUGGCUACGCUGACAGCAUUCACUGAUUCGAAAGGAUUUAUUCUUGACAAAUACCAUUGGAUGUUGUACUUCCUCACGCCCGCAAUGUAUCCUCGAUUCUUGAUCACACUAGACGAAGAACUCAACAGUAUUCCUGUGACGGUUCGCGUUGGUCAGGCUGUCGAUGUCGUCGGACAAGCCGGAAAGCCCCGAACAAUCUCCGGCUUCCAGACUCACCAAACGCCAGUCCGGCUGGGAACGAUCGAGCGUGCUGAGCUUGCAACAGAGGAGUUCAUACCUUUUGCCCAUGUACUAGAAGGUUUCGUGAUAUUACAGAAGAACCCUGGCUGGGAGAAGGAAGAUAAAAUGGACAUAUGACGGUCUCUCGGUUGUAGAUAGCGCAAAUCUAAUGAAUUAUUCACUGUCAAACCGUGAUUCAGACUAUAUUCACAGAUGAUGCAUGAGAAACGUAACGAAUAAUGUUAACUGACGGUUUUAUGAUAUACAUAGGAAAGCCCCAUGGAAAGGAGGUAGAGGUGGACAAUGUAUAUUACAAUGGAUGGUGGUGGUUGGGCGUGAAGGGAGACGAGUCGACAACAUUUACCAAUAAAAACAAAUCGAGCGUGAGGCAAAAAAUGGAUUCAACGUCGAGAGGCAGAAAGG